AUGGCAGCGAACUACCGAGAAGACCGUGAGAAGGACAAUGAGUUUAACAGCCGCCUUCGCGUAAACCUGUCUGCGAUCGAUUACAUCGACAAUGUGAAUCAGGCUGAUGACAAACCCGACGAGGUUGUCGGGGAGGAGGGCCACUACAUCCACCCCGAUGCACGUGCGCUGUUCGCAAAGACGCCGUGCCUGGAGCACAUCCCGAUCUUCGGCAAGAGUUGCCAGGCCUACGGCCCUCGGUGCACCUUGUCUCUGGGCCUCGUGUACUUCCUGAAUAAGGGUCUCGGGUACAGCCUGAUCAACUACGCGUGUUUCGCUAUGUUCACCUCCCGCUUCGGCGUGUCGGGUGUGCGUUACCAGCGCCUGGCCAGCAUUGCCAAGCUGGGAUUCUCCAUCAAGGCCUUUGCUGCCAUGACGUCCGACUCGGUCGCGAUUUUCGGCUACACGAAGCGCUGGUACUGCGCGGCGGCCUGCAUCGUUGGCGCCGCCCUCACCGUAGGGUACGGCUGCCUGCCGAAGAAGGAGUCCAGUGCUGACAUCGCGGCCGGAUUCAUCUUUCUCACGAGCUUCUGCGUCGCGAACGUGGAUAUUCUCUCCGAGGGCCACUACAGCCGCCUCAUGCGCCGUCGCCCCUCGUCGGGCCCCUCCCUCAUCAGCUGGAUCUGGUGGUUUAUCCUGUCGGCGACCAUCUUCGGUGCCGUUAUCCAGGGGCCGCUUUCGGACAAGAAGCUACCUCAGGUGGGCUUGUUCAUUGCCGCUGCGACGCAGCUCCUCAGCGCUGUCUUCUUUGUGUGGAACUGGUAUGGUGAGGGGACGAACCGCGAGGAGCAGCUGGCAGAUGCUCUGACACUGAAGAGGGAACUGAACCGCGCGCUGCGGGAGCGCCAGCUGGCGUCGUCGUUCCGGGCCACGGGCAGCGGCAAGGAGGAGGACAAGGCGGACUCAGGACUCGAGAAGCCCAUGUCGGCAGAGGCGGCUGCUUAUUACAACCCUGAGGGGGAGCUGAGCGGCGACUUUGCUCUUGACACGCUGCACGACGACGGGGAGACGGCCGAGGACGAGGCCCCCGCGCUGAGCAUUGUGAGCUGCUGCGGCGGCAUCGUGGAGAUCAACAAGGGCAUCUGCAUGCGCAACUGGCGCAUCUUUGUGUACAGCUUACUGAUGGUGUGCUCGGUGAUCACCAUGAUGUGCGUCACCAUCCUGGGCACGCGCUGGCAACUGCUGUACUCCUGCAUUGCAGUGGUGUUGGCGUGUGGGACUUGCGCCUUCUGGGCCCUGCCAUUUCUCAUCGCCAAGGUGAGCAUCUACUUCUUCAGCUACGCCUUCCUGUACCUGCAGCUGCCUGGCGCGCUGGACAGCUUCUACAUGGCGUCGAAGGAGUGCUACCCGGAGGGCCCGCACUUCUCCUACGUCUUCUACAACACGAUCAGUGCCGUUAUUGGCAACCUGGCUGGUAUCGCGGCUGUCGCUGCGUUCCCCUACCUUUUCUCGAAGCACAGCCUCCGCUUCACGCUCAUGUUCACGUACUUCAUCCAGGUGCUCGCCUCCGCCUUCGACAUCAUCAUCGUGAAGCGCUGGAACCUAUACAUUGGCAUCCCAGACCAUGCCAUGUACCUCUUAGGCGACGCCAUUGUGUACGAGGUGAGCUACUACCUCGCCUGGAUGCCAACGGUGAUAUUGCUGUCCCGCAUCUGCCCACGCGGCUCCGAGAGCAUGGUGUACGCGCUGGUCGCCGGCUUCGGCAACCUGGGUGCCUCCAUGUCCAACACGGUGGGCUCCCUGCUGAUGGAGUUUAAGUGGCCCAUCACGACGAAGGGCACGUGCGACUUCUCGAAUGUGCCGAUGCUGCUCUUGAUUGGGCACAUCCUGCUGCCGAUGCUGAUUGUGCCGCUGAGCUUCGUGCUGGUGCCGGCCGCGCGCAUCUGCGAUGACAUCGACGUCAGCGGCAACAUCAUCAAGCAAACGGCGCAGUCGCUGCACCACAAGCAGCGCCGCGAGGCCGGGGAGCCGAUCAACGAGUUACCUCUAUAA